UGACCUGCAUACCAAAUGUGUGGUAGAUGUUGAUGCAAACAAGAUUAUUCUUAAUCCUGGAAACACGAAUCAUUCCAAAGCAGAUGCCAGAGGCCAGGCGAAGGUGUUUGCUUACGAUCAUUGUUUCUGGUCCAUGGACGAGUCUGUCCGAGAAAAGUAUGCAGGUCAAGAUGAUGUUUUCAAGUGCCUUGGGGAGAAUAUCCUUCAGAAUGCUUUUGAUGGCUACAAUGCGUGCAUCUUUGCCUACGGACAAACAGGGUCUGGAAAAUCUUACACUAUGAUGGGCACAGCUGAUCAACCUGGAUUAAUCCCAAGACUCUGCAGUGGACUCUUUGAACGAACCCAAAAAGAGGAAAAUGAAGAGCAGAGUUUUAAAGUAGAAGUGUCCUACAUGGAAAUUUAUAAUGAAAAAGUUCGAGACCUUCUUGAUCCCAAAGGAAGCCGCCAGACAUUGAAAGUCAGAGAGCAUAGUGUGUUGGGACCCUAUGUGGAUGGACUUUCUAAAUUGGCUGUUACAAGCUACAAGGAUAUUGAGUCUUUGAUGUCUGAGGGUAACAAAUCCCGGACAGUUGCAGCAACCAACAUGAACGAGGAGAGUAGCCGAUCCCACGCAGUCUUCAAAAUCACCCUCAUGCACACGCUGUACGAUGUAAAGUCUGGGACAUCUGGGGAGAAAGUGAGCAAACUGAGCUUGGUUGAUUUAGCUGGCAGUGAACGAGCCACGAAAACUGGAGCUGCCGGUGACAGGCUGAAGGAGGGCAGCAACAUUAACAAGUCCCUCACAACCCUCGGUCUGGUUAUCUCAGCCUUAGCAGAUCAGGGUGCUGGCAAAAACAAAAAUAAAUUUGUUCCAUACCGUGACUCAGUUCUCACCUGGCUGCUCAAAGACAGUCUGGGAGGUAACAGCAAGACAGCCAUGGUGGCUACAGUGAGCCCCGCAGCUGACAACUAUGACGAAACUCUCUCCACUCUGCGCUAUGCAGAUCGAGCCAAGCACAUCGUCAACCACGCCGUGGUGAAUGAGGAUCCCAAUGCCCGGAUCAUCCGGGAUCUCCGCGAGGAGGUGGAGAAGCUCCGAGAGCAGCUGACCAAGGCUGAGGCAAUGAAAUCUCCAGAGCUAAAAGACCGGCUGGAAGAAUCUGAGAAGCUAAUCCAGGAAAUGACUGUGACCUGGGAGGAAAAAUUAAGAAAAACGGAAGAGAUUGCCCAGGAGCGACAGAAACAGCUGGAGAGCCUUGGGAUCUCGCUUCAGUCCUCAGGAAUCAAGGUUGGGGAUGACAAGUGCUUCCUGGUUAACCUGAAUGCCGACCCUGCUCUGAAUGAGCUUCUGGUGUACUACUUAAAGGAACAUACAUUGAUAGGAUCAGCAAAUUCCCAGGACAUCCAGCUGUGUGGAAUGGGAAUUCUUCCUGAGCACUGCAUUAUAGACAUCACCUCGGAAGGCCAGGUUAUACUGACGCCUCAAAAGGACACCAGAACAUUUGUAAAUGGGUCUUCUGUCUCCAGUCCAGUACAGCUGUACCACGGGGACAGGAUCUUAUGGGGAAAUAACCAUUUCUUCAGACUCAGUCUGCCUAAAAAGAAGAAGAAAGCAGACCGAGAGGAUGAGGAGCAGGAUCCCUCCUUGAAGAACGACAGCAGUUCUGAGCAGCUGGAUGUGGACGGGGACUCCUCCAGCGAGGUUUCCAGUGAGAUCAACUUUAAUUUUGAGUAUGCGCAGAUGGAGGUGACCAUGAAAGCAUUGGGCAAUAACGAUCCGAUGCAGUCAAUCCUGAACAGCCUAGAACAGCAACACGAAGAAGAGAAGCGGUCUGCCCUGGAGCGCCAGCGGCUCAUGUAUGAGCACGAGUUGGAGCAGCUGCGGCGGAGGCUGUCUCCCGAGAAGCAGAAUUGCCGCAGCGUGGACAGGUUCUCGCUGCACUCGCCCAGCACCCAGCAGCGCCUGCGCCAGUGGGCGGAGGAGAGAGAAGCGACAUUGAAUAACAGCCUGAUGAGGCUGAGGGAACAAAUCGUUAAAGCCAAUCUGUUGGUGAGAGAAGCGAGUUACAUCGCAGAGGAGCUGGAUAAAAGAACCGAAUAUAAAGUGACCCUUCAGAUUCCAGCCUCCAGCCUGGAUGCCAAUAGGAAGCGGGGCUCUCUUCUCAGUGAACCUGCAAUCCAGGUGAGAAGAAAAGGCAAAGGGAAGCAGAUUUGGUCUUUGGAGAAACUGGACAACAGGCUGUUAGACAUGAGAGACCUUUACCAGGAGUGGAAGGAGUGUGAGGAAGACACCCCGGUAAUCCGAUCUUAUUUCAAGCGUGCUGACCCAUUCUACGAUGAGCAGGAAAAUCAUAGUCUCAUUGGGGUGGCCAAUGUCUUCCUCGAGUCUCUUUUCUAUGAUGUGAAGUUACAAUAUGCUGUCCCUAUCAUCAACCAGAAGGGAGAGGUGGCCGGCCGGCUGCAUGUGGAGGUGAUGCGAAUCAGCGGUUCCGUCGGGGAGAGGAUUGCGGGAGGUGACGACCCCACAGAGGUCCUCUGUGAGAAGGAGGCCCAGGAGAAUAGACUGGUCUGCAUGGUUAAAAUACUCCAAGCCACAGGGCUGCCCCAGCAUCUGUCCCACUUUGUGUUCUGCAAAUACAACUUCUGGGAUCAGCAGGAGCCAGUGAUUGUGGCACCGGAAGUGGACACAUCUUCCUCCUCGCCCAUCAGCAAGGAACCUCACUGCAUGGUUGUCUUUGAUCACUGCAGCGAGUUUUCUGUUAACAUCACUGAAGACUUUAUUGAGCACCUUUCAGAAGGAGCCUUGGCAAUUGAAGUAUAUGGUCAUAGGAUGAAUGAUCCUCGGAAAAACCCAGCCCUGUGGGAUUUGGGAAUCAUCCAAGCAAAAACACGGAGUCUGCGGGACAGGUGGAGUGAAGUUACUAGAAAGUUGGAAUUCUGGGUUCAGAUCUUGGAACAGAAUGAGAAUGGUGAAUACUGCCCUGUAGAAGUGAUUCCUGCAAAGGAUGUCCCAACAGGAGGUGUCUUCCAACUCCGGCAGGGGCAGUCCCGGCGUAUUCAAGUCGAAGUGAAGUCUGUACAGGAAUCGGGGACUUUGCCACUAAUUGAAGAAUGCAUCCUGUCUGUUGGCAUUGGGUGUGUGAAAGUGAGGCCCCUGAGGUCCCCCAAGACACAGGAGACCUUCCACGAGGAAGAGGAGGAUAUGGACAGCUACCAGGACCGGGAUUUAGAGAGACUACGUAGAAAAUGGCUAAAUGCAUUAACAAAACGUCAGGAAUACUUGGAUCAGCAGCUGCAGAAGCUUGUCAGCAAACCUGAUAAAUCGGAGGACGAUGUUGACCGAGAGGCACAGCUCCUGGAGAUGCGGCUGACCCUGACAGAGGAGAGGAACGCUGGGAUGGUCCCCUCUGCAGGCAGCGGCAUCCCUGGUGCCCCCGCGGAAUGGACCCCAGUGCCUGGGAUGGAAACCCACAUUCCUGUUAUAUUCCUCGACUUAAAUGCUGAUGAUUUCAGCUCUCAGGAUAACCUUGAUGACCCAGAAGCUGGUGGAUGGGAUGCUACCCUGACUGGGGAAGAGGAGGAAGAGUUCUUUGAGCUGCAGGUUGUGAAGCAUCAUGAUGGGGAGGCAAAAGCAGAGGCCUCCUGGGACUCGGCGGUGCACAGCUGCCUGCAGCUCAGUAAAGGCACACCAGCCGAUGAGCGCGUGUUCCUGAUCGUGCGUGUGACAGCGCAGCUCAGCCACCCUGCCGACAUGCAGCUGGUCUUGCGCAAAAGGAUCUGCGUCCAUGUUCAUAGCCGCCAGGGUUUUGCUCAAAGUCUCCUAAAAAAGAUGUCUCAUCGAAGCUCUAUUCCUGGCUGUGGAGUGACCUUUGAAAUUGUCUCCAAUAUCCCAGAGGAUGCCCAGGGGGUGGAGGAACGCGAAGCGUUAGCUAGGAUGGCAGCUAAUGUGGACAACCCAGCUUCUGCUGACUCGGAGGCACACAUCGAGAAGUACCUCAGGAGCGUGCUGGCUGUGGAAAACCUCCUGACGCUGGAUCGCCUUCGCCAGGAAGUGGCAGUGAAGGAGCAGCUCACGGGGAAGGCGAAGCUGAAUAGGAGGAGCAUCAGCUCCCCCAACGUGAACAGAUUGUCUGGAAGCCGGCAAGAUCUCAUCCCUCCACACAGUCUGGGCGGCAAUAAGGGCCGGUGGGAAAGUCAGCAGGAUGUAUCCCAAACACCAGUUUCCAGAGGAAUAGCUCCAGCACCCCCAACCCUCCCUGUUUCUCCCCAAAAUAACCACUCUCCAGAUCCAGGACUUGGUAGUCUUGCAGCCUCCUACUUGAAUCCGGUGAAGUCCCUGGUGCCACAGAUGCCGAAGCUGCUGAAGUCUCUCUUUCCUGUCCGUGAUGACGGGCGGGGCAGACAGCCACUGCCCCUUGCACAUCAGCCCGUGCCCCGAAUUCUGGUGCAGGCUCCUUUCCCGGACGCCCGAGCCGCCAGGACAGAGGAGGUGCGUCCCCUUCCGCCGCAGGCUCAGCGAGGCAGCCCCGGGCCUGGUGGGUCCAUAGCGGCCCCGGUGACGGUGACAGACCUGCCAUCUGCAGGAGGGCCCGGGGACGCCGGGGAGCGGGCCGCGGGAAGGCAGGAAGUGGAGUCCGACUCCGAGGAAGCCAGCCAAGUCCCCGAGUGGCUCAAAGAGGGGGCGUACGUUGCCGUGGGCACCAGCAAAACAGGCAUCGUGCGGUACAUCGGACCAACAGACUUCCAGGAGGGCACAUGGGUUGGUGUGGAGCUCGACCUGCCCUCCGGAAAGAAUGAUGGCUCUAUCGGCGGGAAGCAGUACUUCAAGUGCAACCCUGGCUACGGGCUGCUGGUGCGGCCGGCCCGGGUGCGCAGGGCCCAGGGGCUGGUGACCUGCCCACUUCCCAGCUCUUUGGGACUCCAGAAGCUUCGCUGGGGGUGGGGAGGUUCUGGAAGCCCAGAGGCGCUGCGGGACAGUGGCUGA